CUCGACCACCGUGCAGGCCUUGGCUGCUCUGUCCACUACUGUCGGGCUCGAGGACGUCGUCAGUUUGUGCUAUCCUGCUAACCUUGCUCUUCUCUACUGGCUUUGCUCGCAGGUUUAUCUACACGACGUCGUUGAGCAGUGGUAUUCAAACUCACGAUGGCUCUCAACACGACUGACUAUUCCCUCACGACCCUCCUUGAAUCUACUCCGUACAGAUUGGCGUACUCAUUGCCUCUCAUCUUGGUGUCCUUCGUACUUACCUUUGCUGGCGCUUUCCUCACACUCGACCGGACUCGCACCUUCGCACCUCGGAUAACGUCUACAGCAGUAUCAACGCGCUCCCAUGCCCCCAAUCGCGUGCAAAUCUUCAUGCGGAGGUUCCUCUUGCUUGAGGGAGGUCUUGGCGGCCUUGCCUCUGGUUACGCCUUCGGAGUCUAUUUCGUCACAUUCCUCUCUCUCGUGGUCCCGAACGAGAGAGGGACGCCACAACUGAGUUCCAAAGCUUUCUUAGCCGUCUGGGUACUCGCGGCGAUUAUCUGCACGCUCCUUGCUGGCAGAUGGAAGUAUGCUGCUUUGUUUUUCACUGGUGUUUCCGGGUACACCCUCCUCGCGCUGGCUAUCUGUGUCAUUGUUCAUCCAUCACUGAUCACUCGCGUCGCUCUGGUAUCCGUCUUCUUGCUCGUUGGCACCGUGCUCUGUCUACUUCCUCUUGCACGGUAUCAACACCUCUUUGUACGAAUUGGGGCAUCUGCUUCAGGUGCUUUUGGCGUAGUAACCUGUAUUUCUUUGCUCGUCGGAAUCAGCGCUUGGGGGAACGUUUGGGAGCGCCUCUGGGUUAGCGACGGCGCGGGUUGGGGAACGAAUGCAGAGAAGGGGCUGAGUGCGGCGUACUGCCUGCUCCUCCUGUCCGGCACAGCUUGCGACUGGUUUCUCCGAUACAAAUUAGGAGAGAACCCAGACGAAAAAUGGGACAACUAUCUCGCCGAAUAUACGACCAGUCUGCCAAAUUCUGCGGACCGCGCAGGCACGUUCGCGCCUCUGACCUCUUUCUGGUCUCGUCACUUCGGCCUGGGCGAUGCGCACCUCCCUACCGAAAUAAUCUACCCCGUCGACGUUGACCUCAAGCAAUCCAUCCCU